UGUGGUGGCACGCACCUGUAGUCCUAGCUAUUCGGGAGCCAGAGGUGGGAGGUUGCUUAAGCCAGUAGUUUGAGACCAUAGUGAGCUAUAAUCUUGCCACCGCAUUCCAACCUGGGUGACAGAGCAAGAUUCUGUCUCAAACAAAACCAACCAACCAACCAACCAGCCUUUUAGCAUUCUCUCCUUGAAUCUGACGGAGACAUUUGCAAGCCACACACCAGCAGAAUGUCUGUCCGUAUCCUAGGGGUGGGCUUGGGGUUUCUCUCCCUCCCUCUUUCCCCAAGGAGGAGUUCAGUUUUCUGCGGGCUUCCAGGCACAGAGAGCAGGUCCCCGUCUCAUCUGCCUCCCCCUGACUGGGGCUGAGCUCUGGGCAUCCCAGCAAGGAGGAUCGGAGAGCAGGAUAAAAGAAGGAAGUGGUGUAAGCCUUGGGAGGGAGGCAGAGCAGGUCUGAGUCUCUGCAUUUUACAAGUCUAGGGAAUGAAUGGACAAUCACCACCCAGGCGGCUGCCCCUGAGCUGAGUUCUUGCAGUGCCACAAGCCAUGCUUCGAGUGGCCCCUGACCAGGGCAGCAGGAGCCUGGAGAGGCCUCAAACAGGUAUGGGAGGCCCCAGGUGUGGUACUGCCAGGAGCAAGUGGCAACUCUGGGAGAGCCCACAUAGAAGAUGCUGGAUGUUGGGCCUUGGCAGAUAAGGGUUAACUGGAGAGCCUCCCCAAGAUAAGAGGCUCACAGUUCACCACCACUCCUAGGAAGAUAAGGACUCUUCUCAUAGUAAUGAUGUCCUUCCUAUGGAAGAUUCUCGUCAUGGUCCCACGAACUCCCCCAUCAUGAGGAUGGUGCCUUGCAUCUUCCAAGUGUUUCUAGCUUAUCAGACAAUUUGGUCAGAGAUGUGCAUUAUCUUGUCUAAGGUCAAACAGAGAAGUGGAAGAGCUGGGAUGCAAAUGCAGAUGAUAUUCCUCUAAAAGCUGUCUCAUGCUGCUGUGGCAACACAUGAAGAAGGGUGGGAUUCAGUUCUGCUAGGAUGUGUCCAGCACUUGUGAUGGGUGUGGCACUGGUCAAAUCUGUUGAGGCAGCCUAUAAGCCCGGGAGAAGGGACUGAUUUUCAUAACAGCAGAGUCAGGGAAUGUGCUCGGCACUCCCAGAGAACGAUGGUUAAGGGACCAGGGACGGUCCAGAGGGCAGCCUGUCUGGCCCAGGUUCCAGGGCUGUCAGCAGAUCUAGAUGCCAAAUCUACAGAGGACACAGAACUGGGAGGGACAGUUCAUAGGUCAGAUGGCAAAAUCGAUCAGAAUCCGGAUCUCAAAAACUUAAAGGAUGGAUUGUGGAAAUUUGACAGGGAAGGAUCUAAGGUCUCACCUCUCCACCGAGAAGCUUCGACCUGCAGAAGGCGGAGGCUAUGCUCCGGAAGCAUGUGGAGUUCCGAAAGCAAAAGGACAUUGACAACAUCAUUAGCUGGCAGCCUCCAGAGGUGAUCCAACAGUAUCUGUCAGGGGGCAUGUGUGGCUAUGACCUGGAUGGCUGCCCAGUCUGGUAUGACAUAAUUGGACCUCUGGAUGCCAAGGGUCUGCUGUUCUCAGCCUCCAAACAGGAUCUGCUCAGGACCAAGAUGCGGGACUGUGAGCUGCUUUUGCAGGAGUGUGCCCGCCAGACUACGAAGUUGGGGAAGAAGGUGGAGACCAUCACCAUGAUUUAUGACUGCGAGGGGCUUGGCCUCAAGCACCUCUGGAAGCCUGCUGUGGAGGCCUAUGGAGAGUUUCUCUGCAUGUUUGAGGAAAAUUAUCCCGAAACACUGAGGCGUCUUUUUGUUGUUAAAGCCCCCAAACUGUUUCCUGUGGCCUAUAACCUCAUCAAACCCUUCCUGAGUGAGGACACCCGUAAGAAGAUCAUGGUCCUGGGAGCAAAUUGGAAGGAGGUUUUACUGAGACAUAUCAGCCCUGACCAGGUGCCUGUGGAGUAUGGGGGCACCAUGACUGACCCUGACGGAAAUCCCAAGUGCAAAUCCAAGAUCAACUAUGGGGGUGACAUCCCUAAGAAGUAUUAUGUUCGAGACCAGCUGAAACAGCAGUAUGAACACAGCGUGCAGAUUUCCCGUGGCUCCUCCCACCAAGUGGAGUAUGAGAUCCUCUUUCCUGGCUGUGUCCUCAGGUGGCAGUUUAUGUCAGAUGGAGCAGAUGUUGGUUUUGGGAUUUUCCUGAAGACCAAGAUGGGGGAGAGGCAGCGGGCAGGGGAGAUGACAGAGGUACUGCCCAACCAGAGGUACAACUCCCAUCUGGUCCCUGAAGAUGGGACCCUCACCUGCAGUGACCCUGGCAUCUAUGUCCUGCGGUUUGACAACACCUACAGCUUCAUUCAUGCCAAGAAGGUCAGUUUCACUGUGGAGGUCCUGCUUCCAGACAAAGCCUCAGAAGAGAAGAUGAAACAGCUGGGGACAGGCUCCCCAAAAUAACGCCUUCUCCUACAGCAGGCCUGGCCCCCUCAAGUGUCUCCCUGUCAAUUUCUACCCCUUGUAGCAGUCAUUUUCGCACAACCCUGAAGCCCAAAGAAACUGGGCUGGAGGACAGACCUCAGGCUGGAUCUGGGGAUCUUUCAUUUCAGAGAUAGGCAGAGGAAGAGUGACUGAAGUGGGUCUCCUUGACUCUCAAAUUCCUAAGGAGUCCCCAGGGGCUGGCUAUUCUGAUAGAAUCUGUCUGUCCUGUAAAGUGUGCCAACUUCACCUGUCCAGGGACAGCAAAUAUAAGGAGGGGGGUACCACAGGGUGGCAGUAGGGAAAAACAUUAGAAAAGGGGGAAAGAUUGGGACUUAACACUUCAGGGAAGCCAGCUGCCAGGGAGAAAUUUGCUUCUAAAUGAACACGUGAGUUUAGAUCGAAAUGAGGAGUAGCAGAGUAGCUGGUUGCUAGAGUUAUGGUGGGGAUGAGAGGCUCUUCCAAACUUUUUAGCCUUGAGGCUGGGGUAGCUUUUGGCUUUUCCCAGGUCUCAGGAGGUGGCGUGAGUCAGCACAGAUCUUCCCACUCAGGGGUAGACAGGCUGGCUUCUCCCGCACUUUGAGAACUUUGGCAACUCCUGGGCCACACGGCCUGCCUCUUUGACUACUAAUGACUGUCAGUGACUCAGAGCUUCCUGGGGCUUCGGGUGCCCAUCCGCUGUUCUUCAUGCAAACAAAGCACAAGGGAAAUGACCCCCAGGGAUCACAGCUGCAGGGAGGGUCAGGGAGGUUGGGGGCGGGAGUGAAUGCUAAAAGGGGAUCUUCCAGUGCCCUUUUCAGUGCUGCCGGCCUCUCACCAAGCAAUCCUCCAAGUCAGCAACCCAAAGACAAAAAUGCUAAGUGGGAUCAAGAGAGCAGCACUCGGAGAGGGUGUUUCCAGUCUGAGCGUCCCGCGGUGCCCGCCAACCCGCUUCCGGACUGACCUGAGCAAGGUCUUGGCAGUCCCAUCUCUGUGGGAGGCACACAACGGAUGCAGGGAGUUCAGAUGCCAGUUGGCGCUGCCAGGCCAGGAGGCCCCCCAAAGGCGGGGCCGGCGUCUCGCACGCCAGGGGCUGGCGGCGGCCAAAGUUGGCCUCGAAACCACAGCCCUUACCCCGACCCCACGCGCCCAGCCAACGAAUCCCAGGUGCUGGGCUGCACAGGAACACGGGAAGGCGGCCUCAGACCUGGCGGAAACGUCUUUCCCUCAGGGCCAGGCCCCGUCCCCGCCUGGGAAGCUCAUCUUGCGAAGCUGAGGGAGCGCGGAACAGAAGGGGCCGAGGCUGCACUGGCCUCUGCCAGACCGCUCAGAAGGGCUUCCCGGCCUGGGUUUACAGUGCUGUUAAGAAAAUUAACCGAUGAAUAAAGCAACAUUCAGUGCGCA